AUGGGGAGCCGGGGUCCCGGUGGGUGGCCCCUGGUGCAAGCCCCCUACACGGUUCUGUUGCUGCCACUGGAGACAAGCCGCCAAGACCCAGGGGCCCGGAGCUUCUUCCUCUGGCUGCAGAGGAUGCAGGCACUGGAGCGGGAGCAGGACGCCCUUUGGCAGGGGCUGGAGCUGCUGGAGCAUAGCCAGGCCUGGUAUGAGGGCCGUCUGAGGGAAGCUCAGCAACAGCAGCUGCACGUGGGGGCCCUUGGUGAGAAUUUUCUAACGGAUUUACACUCAGAGCCCGGUGGCCCCCAGUUAGCCCAGAUUCAGAGAGUGAACAUCUGCUUGCAGAAUCUGCUUCAGGGGAAGUUCUUCCCACAUCUCCCAAACAAAGCUAGUUCCUGCACCACCCAGGACUGGAAGGGAAGGCCAAGGAAACAGGACACAUGGCGGCAACAGGAGAUGUCAAGGCAGCAGAAAGGAGGCAUUCAGCAAACAGGGGAGACGGCUCAGCCAGGCUGCCCCCAUGGACGGAGGGGCCCUACCCGUGUCUAA